AUUUAUUUUCUAACCUUAUAAAACGCGAACGUGCGGACAUAAAUUUGACAGUUUUUCAAAGUGUUUGAAAGAUCGUCAUUCACAAGAAAAUUUGCAAAUAUGACGGAUAAUAAGAACGAUAAGGCGAAAGUCGACCUUGGGUUGCUCGAGGAAGACGACGAAUUCGAGGAAUUCCCUGCGGAAGAUUGGACCGCGAAGGAUGAAGACAGCGCGGACAUCAGCGUUUGGGAGGAUAACUGGGACGACGAUGACGUUGAAGACGAUUUCAAUCAACAGUUGAGAGCACAACUAGAGAAACAGAAAGCAAGUGAAACAACCAAGGAAAGUUAAUUAGAUAUUAAUACGUUUAAUCUUAUUAUCUUACAUAAUAAACAUAUAUUAAUUAAAUAUUAAGUCUGUGUAUACGUCUAAAUUUAAUUUCAUAUUUACUUCGUACGAUCUUUGGAAUGUAAAAUAAAGUUAUAAUUUGUAUACUUUGUACAAUAUAUGCACCAUAUGUUUUGCAGAUACAUUUUCUGUAAAAUGCAGAAAAUGCAAUUUCUUUGUGUGUGUGUAUAAAACUUAAUUAUUAAAUAUAAAUGCUUAGUAUAAAUCCAGAAAUGCA